CUCGCGUCGGCGGCGCAGCAACGCACGGCGCUUGCUCCUCUCCACCACCUUCGCUUCUUCCCACCUACGCUCCUUGCUCGCACCGCUCUUUCCUCUGCGCUCUCGCAUGCUCCAUCUGUCCCAGUAACCGCCGCGCCUCUCGCGCGCCAUGGCGCCGCACCGCCCGGCGCACGGCCGCGCCGGCAUGGGCAGCAGCAGCGCCAGCAGCAGCGCCACGCCGGCCUCGGCCGCCGAUGCAGAGGCGGCCGCCGCACACGCCGGCUUCAUCAACCUCGGCAACACCUGCUUCCUCAACUCGGUGCUGCAGGCCGCCAGCGUCACGACGGCCCUGCGCACGCUCUACCACCCGCCGCAGGAGGCCAGCGGCAGCAGCAGUAGCAGUCCGGCGACCGAGCUGCUGGCGGCAGACAGCUCGGCGCAGCUGCUCGAGGCUGCACAGCGCGCACGCAGCCCUGUGCUGCGCCUCGUCGACGAGGAGAAGGGCCGCCAGGCGCCUGCACCUCCGCGCUUCGCCGCGCCCGCUCCGUUCACGACGCUGGACGAUGCGGGCGCGCCUAGCACCUCGACGUCGGCCACUGCCACGCCGCGGCCGGCUGCGACGCCGUCUGCCUCAUUCAUCGCGCCCUCGACGCACGUGCCGAGCGCCUCAGACGUGCCGUUGAACACGGCCUUUCGGCACACGCUCGAGCAGACGUGGCCCUCUGCCAACUCGAACCGGCAUCGCCGCGGCGGCAAGGUGCCGGCGGUGAAUGCCAAGCCGCUGCUGGGCGCGCUGAUCCGCAAGUACAGCCACUACGGCGACUAUGGGCAGCAGGAUGGGCACGAGCUGCUUGUGCAUCUCCUCGAUGCCAUGCGCAUGGAGGAGAUGGACCUCAUCAAGAAGCUGCAGCCCGCGACGCCGUCUGCGCGACGCAGGCCGCGUCCUUCGCGCACUGCGACACUGGCAAUGACAGCGCAGGUCGAGGAAGAGGCACAUACGCCUCGUGCCACAGCUCGCGCUGAUCCGCUGCACGCUCUUGCGCCGCUGCCGGAGGAGCCGAAGAUGCGCCCGUUUGUCGACGCUGUCUUCGGCGGCAAGCUGCUGAGCGCAGUCGUGUGCGAGGGGUGUCGGCACGUCUCGCAUACUUACGAGGACUUCCUCGAUGUCUCGCUGCCGGUGCGGCCCGAGUCAGACACGAAAGGCGUCAAGCAACGGCACAGCAUCCGCAAGAUGGCCGACCGCUGGCGGCGUGGGCAUGGAGCGAAGCCUCCGCCGCGUCCGCGUUCCGCGGCCGAGACCGCACAGGCGCUGCAGCGUCUGGAGGAUGGGCAGAUGAGCGAGGCCGAGGCUGACUCGACGCCGGGGCUCCUUCGCGGCUUCAGCAUUGCGCGGCCGAAGAGCGCCAUGCCGCGGCCCAAGGCGGGCAUCAGCCCGGCGCCAAGCCCUCACAUCAAUGGCGCGGGCCCGACGGCGUCAGAGGUGGAGCAGAUGCGCAAGCUGCUGGCGCGCGGCGGCGGCAGUGACACGGACGUCGAGAGCGCGGCCGAGGGCCCGUCAAGCAGCGCGCGCGUGCCGGACGCAGCAGCCAUGUCGCUAGCGCCCGACUUUGCCGCCUACUCUGACGCCGAGCGCGCAUUUGCGACCAAGCACCACGCGCCGCCUGCGAGCUCGAGCGGCGGUCUGCUGCGCGCUGUCAGCGGGCGUAUGGGCGGCAAGUCGAGCGAGCCACCGAGCCGCGUCAGCAGUCCAAACCCGCCCAGCGAGACGGAGUCGGCGGCUGGAGCGCGCAGCGGCGGUGAGCCGAUGAAGCGAGGCGCCUCUAACCGCCAGGGCGCCUACAUCACACGACUCUUUGCCGACGUGCCGCGCGCCGAGGCACCCAGCGGCAGCGCUGGCUUUCUGUGGCCUCGCUGGGCAGGCACGACUGCCGCAGCGCCGGCGCCAAGCGAGGCGCACCUCGCGGCGCGCUCACGCGGCACUCCUGCGACGCAGGCUGAUGUGCUAGCUGCGCAGGCCGGAACCGGCCUCGUCAAGUCGCUCAUGCAGUUCACCGCCGUCGAGGCGCUCGAUGGCGACAAUCGCUAUGCGUGCAAGCGCUGCUGGCGCCUCGCGAACCCGCUUACGCCGGCAGAACGCGCGCGCCAGCUGAGACGCAGGGCGCGCAGGGGCGAGGAUGAUGCCGAGAGCGAGAAGAGCGAGGACGACGAGGAGGACUCGGACGCGGGCGAGGAAGAGCAGCCGCACCAAGGCAUCAAGGUGGCCGUGCCGACGCCAAUCGUGGCAAACGGCACCGACACGAUCAAGGCCUCUCAUCUGCCUCCUCCGGCCGAUGACUCGCGACGCGGCAGUGCCUCGUCCCUGGGCGAGACGUCGGGCGAGGACGAGCUGCAGAGCAUCACGCGCAGCAUGCCGAUUCCCAUCAUCGAGACGUCGCCCGCCACGCCGGCUGUUGCCACUGCAUCGCCGCGCUGGCCGGGCGCCGACGGCAGUCUGCGUGCGCCGCAGGCGAUUCCGGGCAGUCUGCGCACCAUUGCCAAGACCAGCACGACAGGCAGCGAGUACGCCACAAGCGACGAGGAGAGCGGUGAUGUCACGGGCUCCGAGACGGAGGCGUCGACGGGCCGAGGCACCGACUCGGCCUCGGACCGCGGUGCGCCAGUGGAUGCGCUCAGGACGCUGCGCGUUUCGUCGGGCGCGCCACGAAGACGCCGCUCGACGCAGUCGAUCGCGCAGCGCGCACUGAAGCGCUACCUCAUCGCCAGCACGCCGCCUGUGCUGGUGUUCCACUUCAAGCGCUUCCAGCACGUCAAUCGCACCUACGGCUUCUCGUCGUUUGCCGGCGGCAGCAAGAAGAUCGACGAUGUCGUCAGCUUUCCCGAGCUGCUCGACAUUGCGCCGUUCGUGGCGCCGCCGCGCGAGGAGUACGACCGCGCCGGCAUGCUGAAGGCAUCGAGCGACGAACGUGCGCUCAAGAAGGCUGCCAUGCUCGGCGGCGAAGUGGAGGAGAAGCGCCAGAAGGAGAGCCAUCACCGCUGGCACUGGCACUCGCGCGGCCGCCCGGAGACCAAGCCGACCAGCGUCGUCGAUGGCGACGCGCCGAGCACGAGAUACCGGCUGUAUGCGGUCGUGAUGCAUCAAGGAACGAUGUCAUCCGGCCACUACACGGCUUUCGUCCUCGCUCCUCCCGCGCCGUCCACCUCCUCGUCCUCGACCACGCCGGCGCCGACGACGAGCGACUCACGUCGCCCGUCUGUAGCCUCUUCGCCCGCCCUGGGUGCCACGUCGGACGCAGGCAGCGCGAGCAUCAAGUCUGUCUCGUCCGCCUCAGCUAGCGGUGCGGCUGGUGCGGACGGCGCAGAUGCCGCGCGCACGAUGCAGCCGUCGACGUCCGAAGGCACGAUGGCGUCAACGACGACUAGCAGUAGCGCCUCGAGUGUGCGCAGCAGUGCCGAUGCCGCCACGCCCGCCACCACUGCCUCGUCGGCCGCCACGCCGGCCAGCAGCGUCGCAGGUGCAACCGCAGCGGCGGCCGCCGUGCCAGACCAGCGCCGCUGGCUCUUCACGUCCGACUCGCUCGUGCGCCCGGCGUCGAUCGACGAGGUGCUGAACACCAAGCACGCCUACCUGCUCUUCUACGAGAACGUGCCAGCAGACGCCUGAUCCGUGCAGUCUCGUCUCUCCAUCAUCCUUGCCGCGCCCGCUCGGACAUCUCUUGCCAUCCCUCAUCCUUGCACCUCUCUUCAUACGGACGUCUGAAAUGCAUCAGACAGUGACACAGCGCAGUGCUUGAUGACUAGAGAUUCGAUGCAGGAACAGUGGUAGACGCGUGGAAGCAAGGACUGAGAGGGCUGGAACGAUCGAGGCUGGGGAAGAGGGUGGAAGGUGGUGUUGAGGUCAGAGAGGAA